CAGGCGCGCCGUCGGGGACGCAGCUGCAGACGUUCAACCUUCUCGCGGGAUUUUCAUUUCUCGCGUCUGCCGUACUUGGUUUCGCUUCGUUGGUCCCAGAGGCCCAGAGUGGCUCUCCUGGAGUCUCUGUGGCGCCGUUCCCUGUACCUGCCUUGGGAUCCGGAGGGAGGAAGCCGGGACACCCGGGAGUCAGGAAAUGGACUCGGUGGCUUUUGAGGAUGUAGAUGUGAACUUCACCCAGGAGGAGUGGGCUUUGCUGGAUCCUUCCCAGAAGAAUCUCUACAGAGAUGUGAUGUGGGAAACCAUGAGGAAUCUGGCCUCUAUAGGGAAAAAAUGGAAGGACCAGAACAUUAAAGAUCACUACAAACACCGAGGGAGAAAUCUGAGAAGUCAUAUGUUAGAAAGACUCUAUCAAACUAAGGAUGGUAGUCAGCAUGGAGGAAUUUUUAGCCAGUUUGCAAAUCAGAAUCUGGGCAAGAAAAUUCCUGGAGUGAAACUCUGUGAAAGCAUUGUAUAUGGAGAAGUCAGCAUGGGUCAGUCAUCCCUUAAUAGACACAUCAAAGAUCACAGUCGACAUGAACCAAAGGAAUAUCAGGAAUAUGGAGAGAAGCCAGAUACACGUAACCAGUGUUGGAAACCCUUCAGUUCUCACCACUCCUUUCGAACACAUGAGAUAAUUCACACUGGAGAGAAACUCUAUGAUUGUAAGGAAUGUGGAAAAACCUUCUUUUCCCUCAAAAGAAUUAGAAGACACAUUAUCACACACAGUGGAUAUACACCAUAUAAAUGUAAGGUGUGUGGGAAAGCUUUUGAUUAUCCCAGUAGAUUUCGAACACAUGAAAGAAGUCACACUGGAGAGAAACCCUAUGAAUGUAAGGAAUGUGGAAAAGCCUUCACUUGUAUCACAAGUGUUCGAAGACACAUGAUAAAGCACACUGGAGAUGGACCUUAUAAAUGUAAGGUAUGUGGGAAACCCUUUCAUUCUCUGAGUUCAUUUCAAGUACAUGAAAGAAUUCACACUGGAGAGAAACCCUUUAAAUGUAAGCAAUGUGGUAAAGCCUUCAGUUGUUCUCCAACCUUACGAAUACAUGAAAGAACCCAUACUGGAGAGAAACCUUAUGAAUGCAAGCAGUGUGGGAAGGCCUUUAGUUAUCUCCCCUCCCUUCGACUACAUGAAAGAAUUCACACUGGUGAGAAACCCUUCGUAUGUAAACAAUGUGGUAAAGCCUUUAGAUCUGCCAGUACCUUUCAAAUACAUGAAAGGACUCACACCGGAGAAAAACCCUAUGAAUGUAAGGAAUGUGGGGAAGCAUUCAGUUGUAUCCCAAGCAUGCGAAGACACAUGAUAAAGCAUACUGGAGAAGGACCUUAUAAAUGUAAGGUAUGUGGGAAACCCUUUCAUUCUCUGAGUCCAUUUCGAAUACAUGAAAGAACUCACACUGGAGAGAAACCUUAUGUAUGUAAACAUUGUGGUAAAGCUUUCGUUUCUUCAACAUCAAUUCGAAUACAUGAAAGAACUCAUACUGGAGAGAAACCCUAUGAGUGUAAGCAAUGUGGGAAAGCCUUCAGUUAUCUCAACUCCUUUCGAACACAUGAAAUGAUUCACACUGGUGAGAAACCCUUUGAAUGUAAGCGAUGUGGUAAAGCCUUUAGAUCUUCUAGUUCCUUUCGACUACAUGAAAGGACUCACACUGGACAGAAACCCUAUCAUUGUAAGGAAUGUGGGAAAGCCUAUUCUUGCCGUGCCAGCUUUCAGAGACACAUGUUAACACAUGCUGAAGAUGGACUACCUUAUAAAUGCAUGUGGGAAAGCCUUUAAUGCUCUGGGUUCAUGUCAGAUACAUUAAAAUACUCACUGAAGAGAAGCCCUAUGAAUGUAAGUAACGUGGGAAAGCAUGAAAUUCUGUUGGUGCCUUUUUUAAUACAUGAAAGAAUUCUAGAGAGAAGCCAUAUAAAUGUAAGUAACAUGGGAAAGCUUUCAAUCAUUUUAGUUCCUUUCAAAAACAUGAACUCAUCAUGGAGAAAACCAAACAAAUGCUUUUUGGAAAGGAACCCAUAUUUGGGAGAAACCCUGGGUAAAGAGUGUAGGAAAGGUUUUGUCAUCACACAACCCUGUCACACAUGAAUAUGUAGUGGAGAGAACCCUAGUAAAUGUAAAGAGUAUGCGAGAGCCUUUAGUCAUUUUAGUUCCACUUGAAGCCAUGAAAGAACACACAAAAGAGAGAAAGCUCUUGAAUAUAAGCAAUGUCCAAACGUUUUUAGCCAGCCCAUAUGCUUUCAACAACAUGUAAGAACGUUCCCUGGAUCAAAACACUAUAAAUGUGAAAACCACAAGGAAGGUUUUCCAUUAUACUUUUAAAGUCAUUUGAGGGCUCUGUGGCUUUGUGGGUUAAAGUACUUGUCUGGCAAACAGGAGAUGCUGGAUUUCAAUCCCAGCAGGUCCUCACUAGUUGAGGUAUUGAAUUUGAAACAGAUGUUUUGGCUCUGGCUGGGUGUGGUGGCUCACACCUGUAAUCCCAGCACUUUGGGAGGCUGAGGCAGGAGGAUCACUUGAGGUCAGGAGUUUGAGACCAGUGUGCAAAACAUAGCAAGACCUCAUCUCAGAAAAAAAAAAAAGUCAUUUGAAAACUUCUAAUAUAGCAAAAUCCUAUAAAUGUAAGUACUUCAAAAAGCCUCAUGCAUAGCAGGUCAUGUAGUCUCUAGAAAAUACAUAACCUGAUGGAAAUGUAGAAGCUAUAUGUAUAUUUUGUUAAUUAGUGGCUCAUAUUUAAAAUAGUUCUCUGACUAUGGAUUUCAAAUGCUUAAUCUCACAAAGAAAUGUUAAAUUGAUAUAAUCCUGUAAGUAAUCUGAAAGCAAUAGUGCAUGAAUUUCAUAGGUAGUGUUGUUUUAGGUCAGUAAAUAUUUGUCUUUCCAUUUUGAAAUGUGUUUAAUCCAACAAUGAAUUUAAAUGUGUUUCUCAUAUUCAGGUAUGUUAAAUUGUAUAUGAUUGCUUAAUUGUUCUGUGAUUGAGGACCACUGAAAAAUAAGUCUUAAUAAAUGUUGGUAUGAACCUACUUGCUUCAUUUAGCAGGUUCUUGAUUCCCUUUCCACAUUAUAUAUAUUCCAUCAUAUUUAUUGGAACAACUCCUUUUUUUUCCUUUUUUCUUUUUUCUUUCUUCUUUUUUCUUUUUGAGACAGGGUCUUGCUCUGUGCUCUGUUGCCCAAGCUGGAGUACAGUGGUGCAAUCUUGGCUCAUUGCAACCUCUGCCUUAUGGGUGCAAGUGAUUCUCCCACCUUAGCCUCUUAAGAAGCUGGGACUACAGGCAUGUGCCACCACACCUGGCUAAUUUUUUGUAUUUUUAGUAGAGAUGGGGUUUCACCAUGUCGGCCAGGCUGGUAGAACUCCUGACCUCAAGUGAUCUACCCGCCUCAGCCUCCUAAAGUCUGGGAUUACAUGUGUGAGCCAUCACAGCUAGCCCAUUUUUUUUUUUCUUGGCUCAAAGAAUUUUAUUUUCCUUCCUAUUAAAGAGUUGUUAUUAAUUCUAAGUAUGUAAAGUUUAUCAUAGACUGUAGUCUCGUGAAUUAUUAUUUUAACCUGUUGUUCUUUACUCCUUGUUAUUUAUUCUGGUUGCUCUUUGUAUAAUUGAUUUUGGGAUAAGGAGACAGCUAUGAUAGAAUAAUAAAAUCUCUAAAAUGGGA